CCUGCCGGCCGCCCUCUUCAAUAUAUAUCCUUUUGCUUUUCCUAUAAAGAGGAAGAAGAAGGAGAGAGAGAGAGAGAGAGAGAGGUCAUACAUAAUAGUAGUUCAAUUCGAUUGAAAGGGAGGGAUAUAUGGACUGGUACGCGUGGCUGUCCAAGGCGGCGGGGCUGAGCCCGGCGGUGACGUACGAGUACGCGGUGCUGCUGGGUGAGAACGAGCUGGAGCCCCGCGACGCGCCGCACUUCGACCACGACCUGCUCCAGAGCAUCGGCAUCCGCGUCGCCAAGCACCGCCUCGAGAUCCUCAAGCUCGCCAGGAAACCCUCCUCCAUUGAUUCCUCUUCCACCUCCUACGCGCGGGUGCGGCUCGAGGGCCUCGCGCGCAAGGCCGGCCGGUGCCUGGCCCGCUGCGCGAGGCGGAUCGCCAGCGGAGGAGGACGGAGGGGGCUGUCGUCGUCUUCGGCGGGGGCGUCGAUGUCGGUGUCCGUGGCGGUGCCGCGGAUCUGUAACGGGGGAGAGGGGGAUGUCGUCGUCAGGGCCGGUGCUGUGCGGAGGCGGACGCGGAGGAGGAAAGUGGGGAAGAUGGUGCUGAUGAUCACCGAUGGCGGCGGCUGCGGCGGAGGGGAAGGGGACGGCGGGGUUCGGUUCGAGGCGGCGUCAGCGGUGGCGGCGGGGCGGAAGGCUAGCCUCAUGUUCCAUGGCUGCGGCUACGAAGAUGAGGAGGAGGAUGAAGACGAGCGGCUGGGACACGAUGAGGAGGACGCCGCCGGAGGCGGAAGGGAGAUCAAGUGGGACUCCAUGUUCCAGGACCUCAAGCCGACGUGACUGAAUUUGCGUGACGAUUUCGAGCUCCGUCGAUCGACUCCCUCCUUUUCUUUUUCUUUUUUUAGCGUUUUAGCCGAGCACUUCUCGUGUUCCGGGUUAAUGUUUUGCUGCGUGACUUAUUAGUUCGUCACGGGUUUGGUACACCUUCAGUAGAGAGCAGAGUGUGAAAGUAUUUUUUAGCCGAGGAACCAUCGACCCUUCUCUUCGUAGUAGAGACCACCAGAGUGUGAGAGUUUUUCUGCGUGCAUGUCAGCAUGUGUUCCAUGUAAUGUUACCUCUUUCGAGUGAGAGUUCGUGUCUGUUCCAUGUAACGUACCCUCCUUCCAAGAGAACGGAGAGGCAAGAAAAUGAGGAAUUUCGGCUUAAUUUGUUCA